GACAGCAUGUUCCUUUGACAUUCCAGCUCAAGGGAAAUGGGGGGUUGCCGGUGUGGCCUUUCAUUCAACAUUGACUGUAAACCAAUCCUCAACUUACUCAACAGCUGUAACCUCCCACCAUAGAGGAGCUCAUUGUAUGAAACAGCAGAACAGUAGAAGCAGCACCACAUGGACUCUCAGCAGUGGACACACCGCAGUACAGCAGUGGAGUAACAACAUUCCUCUCACUCACAGGAACAGGUCGCAGGUCAAAAUGGCACAGUGGAUUUUCCGAAUAAAAGGUUGCCUUGGCUCUAAAGUGUACUCGGAGGUCCCAGAUGGUGGUUGGGGUUGGAUUGUGGCUGUGGCCUUCUUUCUGGUGGAGGUGUUCACUUAUGGGGUUAUCAAAAGUUUUGGGAUUUUUCUCAAGGACCUGAUGAGUGACUUUGGCGAGAGCAACAGUCGAGUAUCGUGGAUCAUUUCAAUAUGUGUCUUUGUUAUGACUUUCACAGCUCCUUUAUCAUCAGUGCUGAGUAAUCGGUUUGGCUUCCAGCCAGUUGUGAUGUUUGGAGGAUUUCUCAUAUCUCUGGGCACAGUCUCAACAGCAUUCACCAGCUCCAUCAAUCAGAUGUACCUCACUAUGGGGAUUGUGACAGGACUGGGUUACUGUCUGACAUUUCUGCCAACCGUCACAAUCUUGUCCCAGUACUUCAGCAGGCGUCGUUCUGUGGUCACAGCCAUGGCCUCCACUGGAGAAUCAUUUGCUAUAUUUGCUUUUGCACCAGCAUUCACAGCUCUUAAGAACCUUAUUGGCUGGAGGCACACAAUGGUGGUGAUUGGAACAUUACAGGGCAUUAUUAUUAUCUGUGGGGCUCUGCUUCGUCCCAUAGUCAUCAAACCAAAGACUUCUCCAACAGAAACUGAGCAGAUCACAUGCUCUCUUCCUGAAGAACAAAUGCAAGGCUCUGUAAGCUCUGGGAAGGAACAGACAGAAUUGGAACCACUUCAGAUCCCUCCAAAACAACAGGAUGUUUCAAGUAAAAAUAAGCUCCUGGAUUUGACUGUACUGAAAGAAGGCAGUUUCUUAUGUUAUUCAGCUUUUGGACUUUUUGCAACACUGGGCUUUUUCGCUCCACAGCUGUAUGUGGUGGAGCUCAGUGCCAGUUUGGGUACCGCGAGGGACAAAGCUGCCUAUAUGCUGUCAACAAUGGCCAUUGCUGAGAUCUUUGGACGUCUCUCCAUCGGAUGGGUCCUGAACUGGGGACGCAUCAGGAAGAUCUUCGUACUUCUCGGAUGCGUGUCACUGAUGUGUGUAGUGCUGGUGUUGUUCACCGUGGUAAAUGGCUUCUGGGGACUGGCGGUGUGCUGUGUGCUUUAUGGUUUUUUACUUGGGAAUAUUGCAUCCACGCACAUCCCAAUGUUGGCCGAGGACGAUGUUGUAGGGAUUCAGAGGAUGCCUUUAGCCGUAGGCGUCUACGUCUGUAUUCAGAGCUUUGCAGGACUGGCUGGUCCACCAUUAGGAGGUGUACUUGUGGAUGUUACACAAAAUUACAGGGCUGCAUUCUACUCCUGUGCUGCGGGAAUGGGACUAGGUGCCAUCUUCCUUGGGCUCGUGCGUCCAGCUAAGACAGGUCAACUGUGCUCAAAAGGGGACAAUGGACAGAAUAAUACCACCGUGGAGCAAGUGUCCAAAGACAAACCAGAGGAAUGUCCAGAAGUGGACAACCAAGAUACUAAGUCUUGAAAAAACGACAUCCUUUGUGAAUUUUAGCUGAAUGUUAGGUACUAUCAGACCUGUUCAUAAAAUAGGAAAACAUUUAUAACUGUAGCUAAAAUAUAACUACAUUAUGAUUAAUAAUAAUUGCUUAAAGGCUAACCCAAAAAUGAAAAUCCUGUCAUCUUUGUCACACAAGAACCAAUUGAGCUUCCGUUAACCAUAUUUUAGGUGCUCUAUGUAUAUUAUAUGUGAAUAAAGUGAAUGUUUCAUUGUUUUAGAAGUUGGAAUGGUAUGAGUGUGUGUAAAUGAUGACAGAAUUUUAAUUUUUGGGUAAACUAUGCCUUUAAGAUGUGCACAAUGCUGUUUAUACACUGAGAUCACACAUGUGAUUAUCACACUACAUUGUAUUAGCAGUAGCUGUCAUGAAAACUAUGAUUAGACUUGAAAAACACAUUUUCAUGAAUGUUUGUAAUACUAAACACUGAGACUUUUGUUGAUUAGAAUCCCAGACGCAAAAGAAACAAACAUGAUGUGGAACAGGAAACCACAUUUUCGUGGUUUUAGUGAUUAGAGUCAAGGCAUUGAUGGGUAAAGCAAUGACCAAAGAUAAUGCUGAAUUCAGCAACUAAGGUUAAACAAUCUAAUGUUAUAGAAAGCCUUAGAAAGAGGUAUUUGAUACUUUAUUUUUAAAAGGAACCUUUUUUAAUAUUUGCAAAAGGGCGAUGGAUUGCUCUUCAGUAUUUUAUAUUUAGCUCACCUCAGGUCAACCUUCAACAAGUAUACUACAACAUCUGUCUCCUGGAUACUAAAACCAGGUAAACAACUUUAUUCAUGCAAAUAGUGUCUGUUUAGAGUGUUGUUUAGUCUUCCGAUACUCAUGACAGUGUUCUCAACUGUGGAUUACAUUUGCAUCUCUAUUAUAUAGAGAUGACUGUGAAUUCAAUGCUUUACAGAGCUCAGGUUGAUGCAACUGUGAAAUGAAGAUAAAGGAUUUCCAAUGUAAUGCUAUGUCAAAGUGUCUUAUAAGACUGCUUCAUCACUUACCUCUGUAGUAAAACUAUAUUUGUUAUUGUAAUACUGCCACAUAACUUGAAUUUUAUAAUGGAAAGGAAUAAUAUUUGCUGUAUGUUCAGUGGAAUGUGAAUAUGUGGUUAUGUUUUUGUUUCUGCACAAUAGACACAAUUGUUAUAAUAAUUUUUAAAUCAGACUGAAAAAAAUAUUUUUUAGACUGUUGUGUUAAAAAUCACACUAAAAAUU